AUGAAGCUGCAGUUCUCAUCCACUCCUCAGGGCGGCGCUUCUCUUCAUUCAUCGACUCGACUCUCAGUCAAAAUGACCACUCCGGAAGUGCGGCUGAACCACACCAUAUACAUAAACAAUUUAAAUGAGAAGAUCAAGAAAGAUGAAUUAAAAAAGUCUCUUUACGCCAUCUUCUCUCAAUUUGGGCAAAUUCUGGACAUUCUGGUUGCAAGAAACAUUAAAAUGAAAGGGCAGGCUUUUGUUAUUUUCAAGGAGGUAAACAGCGCCUCCAAUGCACUAAGGUCGAUGCAGGGGUUCCCAUUUUAUGACAAACCAAUGAGAAUCCAAUAUGCUAAACAGGACUCGGACUUGAUCGCUAAAAUGAAAGGAACCUUUGUAGAACGUGAUCGCAAAAAGGAAAGGAUCAAAAAGCCCAAACCAGAAGGCUCAAAGAAGGCUGCUGCUAGUGCUGUGGCUGCUGGUGUUCCAGCAGGGAUGACUGCUCCUCGUAUGAUGCACAUGCCUGGCCAGCCACCAUACAUGCCUCCUCCCGGCAUGAUGCCGCCUCCUGGAAUGGUCCCUGGUCAGAUGAUGCCUGGACAAAUGCCACAACAGGUGUCAGAAAAUCCUCCAAAUCAUAUUCUUUUCCUCACCAACCUGCCUGAAGAGACCAACGAACUCAUGUUAUCAAUGCUCUUCAACCAGUUCCCAGGAUUCAAAGAAGUACGUCUGGUUCCCGGCCGGCACGAUAUUGCUUUUGUGGAGUUUGAUAAUGAUGUACAGGCUGGAGCUGCACGAGAAGCUCUUCAAGGCUUUAAAAUCACACAAACCAAUGCCAUGAAGAUCUCCUUUGCCAAAAAAUAA